AUGGUUCAUGCUUUGAGGGAAACAGAUCCGGGUCGUUUUGAAGGUUUACUGUCAACUAUUGUGAUUAUCUUCGCAUAUAUUCAAUUUUGUAUUCCAAUUCGACAAAAAGCGCUCCUUACUGUGUACUUUGUCGUUUUAUGGAUCCUUCACAUCGCUGGACAUAUUGGUUAUCUCAUUGGAUUCAUUCAUAAAGAAAAUUACUAUGGUAUUGGUGUAUUUAUCGCUUGGAUAAUUGCCAGUACACUUUAUAUGAGUGGAUUGAUUUACUAUCGUGUUAUUCGCGGCAAAUUUCAUAAUGUUCAAAUCCGGAAUAAACAUUUUUUUCAUUUUAUCUCUCAGCUUGAAAUUAUCUUGGCGAUUUACAUAUCCAUCUAUGGAAUAAGUCAUUUAGAAACGAUCAGUCGAAGUAGUGUGGCGUUUUUUCUUCUAUUUGAUUUCUUCACCGGCGAUUAUGAUCGUUUUCAUGGUCUUCUGAUCAAGGCGGUUCUUCAUAUUUUUGUCGCAACUGUAACGGCAUCUGUUGUACUCGAAUUUGUGUCUGUCAGUGUUGAAAGUCACGGUUAUGAAUAUGCUUCGAUUAUCGCUGAUGUCGUUUCAUUUUACUUCUUUAUCUGGUUUAUCUUUCUUCAAUUUAAUCGAAGAAAUUUCAAACAAGAGCCGAGGCAUGGACAAGGAAAUGCACCACCCUUGGGAACUUCUCAUACAACGACACUCGGCAGAAUUAUGCCAAGACCGGCUUAUACGAGAACGGCACGAACCGAAACGCAGAAACUUUAA